CUUCCGGGUCCCCAGGGUUCGGGUUACGUGACGCGCCAGACCCGCACCGUUCCCAGAGGCCCCCGCGCGCCGAACGCGUUGCUUCCGCUUCCGCGCGGCUGCGGUGGGCGGGAAGCCAUGGCGGGCGAGCCUCCAUCGGUGGGCGAGCGGCGGCGCCUGCAGGAGGAGUUGAGCGAGUUCGUGGAGAGCUGCCGCCGGACGCUGGAGGAGGUGACGGCGUCUCUCGGCUGGAGCCUGGACCGGCUGGACGCCGGAGAGGCGGACGAUGCGGAGGAUGACAUCGCCAUCUGCCCCCACGAUCCCAGCCACCGGAUGCCUGGAGCGUCACUGGCCAAGCACGUGGCUUCCUGUCGGCUGCGCAAGCUGGGCUAUAGCAGCGAGGAGCAGGACGAGAUGUAUGACCCUGAGUUUUUCUACAAGAACGCGAAGAUCCCUUCUGUGACCCUGGAUAAGGACGCCCAGCUCCAGAUCCUCAGACGGGCCAGAGCUGCACCUGGGAGGGACGGCGAUGCCCAUGGCCCAAGGUCGAGCGCCCCGCUGCCCGUGGAUGUGCCCCUGAACCACAAGCGCGCCGUGUGUGACCUCAGCCAAGCCGACCGGCUUGCGCUCUACGAUUUUGUCGUGGGGGAGACCAGGAAGCAGCGCUCUGGCCCCCAGUCUGUCGAAAACGACAGCGACCUCUUUGUGGACCUGGCCGCCAAAGUCAACCAAGACACCAGCCGGCAGAGCCCCAAGUCCUACCUGGAGAUCCUGGCGGAGGUGCGGGACUACAAGAGGCGGCGCCAGUCUUACCGGGCCAAGAACGUGCACAUCACCAAGAAGUCCUACACCGAGGUGAUCCGGGAUGUGAUCAGUGUGCACAUGGAGGAACUAAGCAGCCACUGGCGGGAGGAGCAGGGCCGUGCGGAGGAGGCGGCCGGGAGUCACAGGAGCGAGGGCCAGCGGUCGGCAUCAGCAGAGUCGCGGCAGUCUGCAGGCAGCUACCCGGACACUGAGUGCCCACGGCAGAGGAGGAACCGGAGCCGCAGCCCGCGCAGGAGGAGCAGAGAUGAGGACAGGGCCCGGGACUCGCGGAGGAGGAGGGACAGGGACGGGGAGAGACACCACAGCCACAAGCGGAGGAAGCAGAAGGCGUGACAGGCUCUGGGCUACGUCUGACCUUCUGGGUGGCUCCCUGCCACCCCCACAGGUCACACACUCCUGGAAGCGUCUCCUGAGGGGUCGGACGGCCUGCUGCUGCUGUGUGUCACAUCCUCAAGUCUCAGCCCUGCUGCAUGCAGACGCUCGUGCGCCUUGGCCACCGCCCCGCACCCAGCCCCCGCCCCCACCCCCGGCCCCCAUCGAGCCUGGGCCAGUACUUGGCCUGCAGUAGGGCAGCCGGACGGGGCCAUGGGGCAUGACUGUGCUGCGUGUCAGGUGGGCCCUGUCCCAAGCACCCCGGGACACACAGGCGUGGUGGCCAGUGGAGGCCUGGACCCAAACCGCCCAGUGGCCCUGGCUGUCUGCGAGGCGACUCUUCGAUGCAGGUCCAUGGUCACUCGCUGGCACCCAUCUGUCCAUGCCAUCGGCUGAACUGCUGCCAGCAAAUAAAGUGCCACCAUGUC